CCCUCCCGCCGCCGCCGCCGCCGCUCCACGCUCGCUGCCAGGGAGGGAUGGGGCGGGGAGGGAGAGGACGCGCUGGGGGCCAGGACGGGCCUUUGCAUUCCCCCCGCGCCCCCCGAUAUCCCCUCUGCUCCCCCUUGCACCCCCCCGCCGCUCCUUGCUCCUGCUGCAAAGGGAUGCUCUUGACAGGGCUGCCCGCUGGCUUGGUGCGGGCUUGAAAUAGCGGCCCCCCCCCUUUGCUUGGAGAGCCCCCCAUCCCCUGCUCUGAGCCCCCUAUCCCCUGCCUCAAGCCUCCCAUCCCCUGCCUCAAGCCCCCAUCCCCUUCCCUGCGCCCCUUUCUCUGAGCCCCCCAUCCCCUUCUUCAAGCCCCCUAUUCCUUUCCUCUAACCCCCAUCUGCUUCCUCAAGCUCCCCACUCCCUUUCUCAAGCCUCUCCUCAACCCCUGCCCCAAAGCCCCUUCCCCGAGCCCCCAUUCCCUGCCCCGAGCCCCCUCCACCAUGAUUUUGCUGAGCUGCUUCCUGCACCUGCGGCCCCGGCGCUGCGGCCCCUUGGCCGGGCUGGGCAGGGGGCUCGGCCCCACGGCGGGGUCCCGCAGGGCUCUGCGGGUGCUGGUGGACAUGGACGGGGUGCUGGCCGACUUCGAGGGAGGCUUCCUCAAGAAAUUCAGGGCCAGGUACCCCGACAAGCCCUACAUUGCCCUGGAGGACCGGAGGGGCUUCUGGGUGUCGGAGCAGUACGGGCGCCUGGAACCCGAGCUGAGUGAGAAAGCCAUCAGCAUCUGGGAAUCCAAGAACUUCUUCAUCGAGCUGGACCCUCUCCCUGGGGCUGUGGAAGCUGUGAAGCAAAUGGCAAAUUUGGCAGACACUGACGUGUUCAUCUGCACUAGUCCCAUCAAGAAGUACCGGUACUGCCCUUACGAAAAGUAUGCCUGGGUGGAGAAGCACUUUGGCCCUGAGUUUCUUGAGCAGAUUGUUUUGACACGAGAUAAGACAGUGGUUUCUGCUGACCUGCUUAUAGAUGACAGACCUGAUAUAACAGGGGCCGAGCAGAACCCCACUUGGGAGCACGUGCUCUUCACUGCCUGCCACAACAAACACCUGCAGCUGAAGCCCCCCAGCCGCCGGCUGCACUCCUGGGCCGACGACUGGAAGGCCAUUCUGGACAGCAAACGCCUCCUGCCUGGCCACGCCACCUAAACACUGGCCACUACGGCCACCUGGGGCUGCAGCCACCUGCCUGUGUCCCUGUGGAGUCCUGCUGAAAGCCAGAACCACUGAUGGACAGACAGACAGAUGCUGUCCCUGCUGCAGAGAGGAAGAGGAGGGUGAGCUGAAGUGCCACAGUCACCUGGACUUGAAAAAAAGACCCCAGCCCAGCCAUGCCACAAGGGACCAAGAGCAGGAUUGUGCCUGUGGACCUGACAGCCUGGGUGGGGAGCAUUUCCCACUGGCUCCUGGGUCUCUGUGCUGCAUCUGCACCCCCCAUGAGCCCAGCCUGGUGCUUCUGAUGGACAAGGUCACCCUCAGCGUGUCACUGCCCUUGCCUGGUGCACUGCGUGGCACAGACCAGCUCUCCAUCCUCCCCUCUGCGUUAUGGUCAGGGAUCAUGCGUGGGGUUUGUUUAGUCCUUGCAGGGUUUCAUCCCAAGGGGCUGCCUCGGGAGGUCUUUCUGCCUGGCAGUGCCUGGAUCUGGGGAGAGGGGUGGCUGGGAGGGCAGGGAGAGCAGGCAGAUGCUGUCCAGGCUCCCUGCACUGGGGUUGUGGUGGUGGAGGAUUGUCACAAGCACAUCCAUGGAUGCUGUUUGCAGUUCUCACACUCUGCAGGGGAAGAUGUUGGAGGGAUGUUGCUGUUAAAGGCUGGGGAGCUGUGCUGGUUUCAGCCAGGGUAGAGUUAAUUUUCUUCACAGAAAAUAUAGCCCCAUACAAGCCACUGUGAACAAAAUUAACUCUGCCCUGGUCGAAACCAGCACAGGAGCCCAUGAGAGGUGCCCACGAGCUGUAUCACAGGGUCAGUUUGUUCUGCAGCUCCACCACAGUCCCAGUGCUGGAUGUCUGGGGACAGAGCAUGCUGCCAGCCCCACUCCCCUGGUUCUGGGCUGCUGCAGAGAGGUGUUCAGUGCCUGGCUGGUGCAAAGGGCUCACAGCACACGCAGCUGUACCAGCCACCUCUGCCAGGGGACAGUGCCGGCGCUGCUGAGCUCUGGGAGCAGCCAGCGCUGCUGGGAAGCUUCAGCUGGCCGCCAGAAAGGGAGGGUUUGGACCAAGGGGCAGCUCCAGGAGGGAUGCUUUUGGCAUAGCUGUGCCCACAGCCUCUUCCUCUCUUGUUUGUCUCAUCCCUGCUUCGCCGAGCCUGCACCAGUCCGGUCUUGAACUUCAGCGACCUGUCUGGCACCAGAAAGCAGCUGCUGCUGCUGCUGGUCUCAGAGAGAUAUCCCAGCUGAUGGGAGAGCCAGCAGCUGGCUGGUAUCCCCUCCCUUCCUGUGGCACUGCCGCAGGGCAGCCACAGCCCGGCUGUCCCGAGUGGGAGCUGGUGCUGGCCCACGCCAGGCAAAGCCCCAGGGAUGAUCCGGGUGCAUCACUGCUGACACCACAGAGGCCAUUGGCCCCUGCUGCUGUGUGUCCCCACGCUGUCCAGGAUCCCACUGCCCUCCUGGCCCAAGGACUUGCUGGCUGCAGGAAUAAAAUUCCCCACCUGGACACAUAACCCUACAGGCAGAGGAAGUAGCCAGGGCUUGGCUGGGCUUUGCCACCCUGCGCUCCUUGCUCACACCUUUGGUUUGUCUCUCCCCUCUCCUGUGGGCCUCCGUGAGCAAAAGUACAUGAACUUAAAGCUACAUAACCAACAAAUAACCUAAUUCAGCAGUGGCAGCCAGACCCCUCCCGUAUGCAGGACCUGGAGGGGUUCUGGAGUUGGUGCUUUGGAACCUGUGCCUUCCCUGGAUGCUGCAGGGCCAGGGAUGGGGCCUGUGUCGAUGUGGGGCUUGCCCUGUUUUUUGGGAUGGGGGGAGCGUAAAAGCUGGCAUGGUUGGCCCAGGGCAGUGGGACUUACAUACCACAAUCAUCUUUUUUUGUUUCUUUUUUUCAUUUUUCUUUCCUGUUUAAACCACUGUGUGCUUCUGUGGGUGAUGGGUUUGGUUUGGGGGGGUCUGUUUGGGAUGUGCAGCUGCCUGAGGUGCAGGCUUCUGGCCAAGAGCUGUCUCAGCUGGAGGGUUUGCAAGCUGGGAACUGGGACAGCACAGGAGCACCAUGAGCAGCAGCUGCUGAACAUCAGGAACCCCUUGGCUCCACCAGACCCCCCCUGCCUGUUGGCCCCUGUGUGCAGCUGGGGUGACUUCAUGAGGUCCCUGCUGGUAUUUUCCCAAUGGUACCAUGUAAAUAUGAGCUGCCUGAGCUCCCCAGAGUCUUCUCCCUGCUCAUUGAGCCAAAACAAGCUGGCACAUCGCUCCAGCAGCUGCCCAAACCUAUCAUCUUCCCCUGAAGCUGGGGCAGACCCGAGGGAUGUGGCUCUCUGGGGCCAGCAGGUCUUUUCCUCGUGGUGAGAUGUGAUGCCAGAGAAACCACAUGUGUGCACACCAAAUAUACUUGAAAGCAGAGCUGGAGUUUCUCAUGCCUGAGGCUCCAACUCGAUGCACAGAGAUCCUGAGCUGGUAGCUGGACUGUUUGCUCCCACACUUGGGACUGGGAGGUGACUCCAUCGUCGACGGAUUGGCCUAUUCAUUGUUCAAGCCUGUCUGUGUCCAGCUGAGAUACACAGAGCUUUUAUUUUUGAAUGUACAUCUAUAAACUCGAGGCAAAUGAGGAGCACUGCAAUAAACACUGGGUUGUUUGGCAUCCA